AUGAAGGCGGUGGAAGUAGAAAUCGACAGUAAAAUCGUCGGCAUAAAAAUAGAGUCGGUGGAUGAUAGAAUGGGAGUCGGAUCCGAUGAGAACGACGUUGUUCUCGUCGGAGAAGGUCUCGCCGGAUACAUCGUCGCGAUUAAGGCUGCUCGUUUAGGGCUUAAAAUUACAUGUAAUGAGAAGCGUGGUGCUUUUGGUGGUACUUGCAUCAAUGUUGGUUGUAUUCAUUCUAAGGGACUUUUGGAGGUAGGAUAUUGUUGGAGGUGGUAAAUAAAAGUUGCGGACAAAAUUUCCGGACUUGCGGAGCACCAAGGAGCAAGAUAUCAAAGAAAUAAAGAUUUUGGCUUUACAGAGAUUUACACGGCCGUGUAAAUGCAAGCCUUGCGUUUACACGGCCCGUGUAAACGUAGAUUUCUGCGCAGUAUAUUUUUGCGUUUACGCGGGCCGUGUAAAUGACAGUGUUAAUUUACGCGGGCCGUGUAAACGUAAAUGCGGGGUUUAAAGCAGUUUUCACCAUUUUUAAAGGGGGGAAACCAAUUUUUUUAAGAGGGGGGUCGACUUUUGGAGCAGAGAAAGCGAUUUUCUUGAGGAUUUUGAAGUUGAUUAACACUUGGGAACAUUUGAUUUUAUUUUGUAAGAACUUUAAUUUCAUUUUCUAGAUUUGUGAUCUUGUUCUAGCCAUGAUUGGCUAGAACCCUAGCUUCUCCAACUUCAUGCC